AUGGCUUCCAAGUCAGUCAGCACUUCCCGGAACUCUACCUCAUCAUGGACAGCCAAAGAGAACAAACAGUUCGAAGUGGCUUUGGCUAUAUUCGACAAGGACACUCCUGACCGAUGGCAAAAUGUGGCAAGAGCAGUUAGCGGAAGCGGAAAAACAGUUGAAGAGGUGAUAGGCAAAUCUGUUGGGUUUGACACAGCUGUAGAAGAGGCUCAAAGAGCUAUCAACACAACACAUGUGGAAGCUGAGAAUAUAGAGGACGGUAUCGGUGUUGUCAAGCUUAUGGGUCGCAACAGCGGUAUGUAA